AUGGAGGGUGUAGUCUUCCAACGUGCCGAGGGAAUCCUACAUAAACUGAUUCUAUUUCAACGGGAAGGAAAAUGUAUAAAAAGUAUAUUAGAUGUUCUCUAUUAUCUUCUCGAAGAAGGUCUCCCGAUGACUACACAAGAGGAAUGGGAGGCUGUUCGUACUGCUGUACUUGUAACACUUAGAAUUGUUGCUUAUGAUGCUGUCUCGAAAUCGAAGUGGGGCGAACACGGUUCAAAAAUAUUUCAAAUAAUAGGAGUAGUUUGUGAGAGAACGGAAAAUACGAAAUGUUCUCUCAAAUGGGGAGAGCACAUAAAGCCUUUGCUAUCCUGUUUACUAUCAGUCACUCCAAAAGAAAACUCAGAUGUAGAUCUGUUCUCGACAGGUCUGCUAAGGCUAAUGAUUAUGGUGAGUCGUAUGCGGCUUUGCUGGGAAGAGAUAGGAAAGCCCGAAGGUUUACCCAUCUUUGGGGCACUCGUAUAUGCUUGUAUUGAAAUAGCUGCAGACAAAAGCAACAACUGUGACUCCAGGAUGAACUGCCUCAAGAUUAUUCGUUUAUUGGUAUCCGAUGAUGAGUACCUGCAUCUCCAAGGUUGUUCUACCGUUAUUCCUGGCUUGCUGGCUAAGCUCAUAGAAGUAUCGACAAACCCAACGGAAAAUAUAAAAAUUGUUGAGGAGUCUAUCGAUGUGAUUACUGAAUAUAUUCUUUACGGCUUCAAUGAUCAAGUCGUUGGCAUCACAGAGUUCCCCGAAUCUUCAGUGCUUGAAAAGAAAAAGUUGAACAUACAGAGAUCGGAAGAGUGGAUGAAUAUUGCCCGUUCUAAGCUACAAUCAUCCGUGAGCCUAUUGAUCUCACGUAGUUGUUCACACAGAGAUGCUAUCAUUCGAGAAAAGAUUUUCAAUAGUACCUACACAAUUCAUAAUAAGUGUGGAGUUUUUUUCCGGGAAACACUUGACAACUCUCUAUUUGAUCUUGUUCUUUUGUUGUGCCGGGAUCCAUUUGACAGGAUAGCGGAAAAUGUUCAUAUUCACUUGGAAACAAUCAAAAAGGAAAAAUCUAGUCGGUUCUCCAGGUAUAUGUAUGAGAAAACGGUAUCAAUCAGUGAAAAGCUCCCUAAUGCCAUACGUCAAUCGUCACAAACAACCACUUCUUUCGCUCAAAUGAGUUCUCUGAUAACAUGCUUGGGAUCCGAGUUGGGAAUUUUGUUGUCUUCUCGAAAUCCGUCUUCUGUACAAUUGAUCAGAUCAUUGGCUUCUACGAUCCGAGUGGACACGAAAAGACUUAGUGUUUCAAGGAAUUUCAAGACAUUACCAAUCAAAGAGAUCAUUCUCUCAUUGCCUCUGCAGUUUGGCGUAGGAAUGGACGACAUUGCUUCUAUUUGCAAAGAGAUUUCCGCUGUUGCUUGUGAUGAGGCAUUGGAUGCUUUACUAACAGAAAUCGCAAAUUGUGAUUUAAGUGAUAAAAUAGCGUUCUCCAUCAUCUCUUUACUGAUUCUGGAGACUCAGUUCGUGAAAGAUAGAAUUAGCCCAGACACAGUUUCACUCUGCGUUGAGCAUUUCUUAGUGGAAGUUGACGGAAUCAGGAUCCCACAGUAUAUCAGAGACGACAAAGUAGAAGAUGCUACUGAAACACCUCCAAAAGAAACAGUUUUAUCCAUUACAUCACUUUGUGUUUUAGCAUCUUGUUCUAAGCAUCUGUUCGAAGGCUCAACCUCGAAAAAGUUACUAAUCAAUGGGCUUUACAAGUUGCUGCAACUAACGUAUCAUCCAAAUUGGUUGAUAAAAGAUUCCGCUGAAUCUUGUCUCAAUGUACUAGCUGAGCAUUCUGAGAAACAAGUAUCUGAUUACAUGCUAACUAAUGCCGUGUACAUUGUGAACAGAAUAACUCUAGCAAUGCGUUCAUCGUUCUACGCCAAUCAUUAUGUUGAAGCUCCCUUAGCUUUAGCGGCUUUCUUAGAUGUUGUGAAUGAUUCAAAGAUGUUUGAACAUGUUCAAUUUGUGACUAAAAGCAUGUUGAAUGGUUUAGAAUCUUUUUAUCAGCAAUGGACUUUAGGUGUCCUUCGAGCCCUCCGAUCAUACAUGAAAGCCAUGAAUCGUUGGUUUCCCGAUUUGGAAGAAGAAAUAGUGUUCGAAGAACCUCCUGAGCCUAAGAGUAUUCCGGAAGAUGACAUAAACGAUUAUCAUCCAGUAGAAGUGGAACGCUUGCCGCUUCCACCUGCCGCAUGUUCUGUUGAAUCCGUUCUGAAAAUGACAAAACACUUGUUGUCUUCACCUCAUAUACCAGUUCAGAUUGUGGUCACAGAAAUACUCAGAGAAGGACUUCAUUUUCUGAGAAAUUUUGAGAACACUCUCCUUCCUAUGGUCCACCAAAACUGGGUGACAUUGAUCAGACGUUUUGAUAAGGAAGAGUUUGACGUAUGGCGAGUUUCCAUCUUGGUGAUACAUGAAAUGGCCAUUGUUUCUAACACCUUCGUUUCUCAACGAAUCAUAAGGGAAUUAUGGCCUCAGUUGAACAAAUGGCUCGUAAAGGAAGCUAAAACCAAAAGCUUCUUUGUGUACUCUUCUCGAUUCAAGCUGCUGGAAACAAUAUUGAAAACGUUGCCCGAUAUUUUCAUUCGUAUUGACAUUGGCAAAGAGGAUUGGGAGUCCGCCCGUCCAACAAUCGAAAAUUUCACUGAAGCUCAUGUACAUCCCCAUAUCAGAUCUCUCGCUGUCCAAUUCCUGGACACUCAGAACAGCUCGAUGAGAGUUAAUAAUACCGGUUCCUAA